AAAAAGAGGCCGAAAAGCUAGAAAAGCCAGCAGCUGGUGGGUAGGAGUGUCGAAGGUUUGGAUUUUCCACAAUGGAUAAUGAAGGUGGGGGGUGCCUGAGCUCGUUCAUCGACCACGGGACGGUGGAGAGCCACCGCCUAUUCCUUGCUCGGCGAACUGUUCUUCAAAUGCUAUGUGACCGUGGCUACGUCGUUGCUCCCCCGGAUCUCGAACUCACUCUUUCCGCCUUCCGAUCACUCUACGGCGAAUACCCCGAUCUCGAACGUCUUCGAAUCUCCACUACUCUAGUGUCGGAUCCAUCGAAAAAGAUUCUUGUUAUCUUUUGCGGGACUGAACCCGUCAAGUUGGCAACCGUACAAGCUAUUUUCAAUCAGUUUGGCAAAGAAAAAUUGUACAGGAUGAUAAUAGUAUUUCAAAACAAAGUUACUUCCAAGGCUCGAGACUGUACUGAAAAUUUUCCACUAUACAAAGUUGAGACAUUUCAAAUCACUGAAUUAUUGAUCAACAUCUCAAAGCAUUCUUUGAUGCCAAAGCAUGAAAUAUUGAAAGAUGAAGAAAAGCAAAAUCUUUUGCAGAAAUAUAAUGUUCAGGAUCACCAGCUACCUCGCAUGCUGGAGAAGGAUGCCGUUGCGAGAUACUUUGGCCUGGAGAAGGGAACCGUUGUGAAAGUCACUUAUGACCGUGAAAUAACUGGAUCACAUGAGACUUAUCGCUGCAUUGUAUAGUACCUAUCUCGAUUCUCGACUGACUGAUCAGGUGUUCUCGUCCAAUUGCUUUGUAUAUAGUAGCACUGAACAAAGCUAAUGUCUGAUUUUGGAACUUGAUUUAUCGUCUUUUUCAUUCAUGGCUUCUUGAUAAAUGGUAGGACAACCUAAUUCACUUAUGUAAUGUUCUUUUUUA